AAAAAAUUGGAAAAGAGAAAGAAAUAGGAAAUUAGAGAACUCCGGUACCGGAACCCAGCGAGGCGGUAAAUAAUACUACAAGCGAAAUGGAUUUCCGGAGCUCCGAUGUUGGUGCAUGGAAAGAGGCGCUCUCUUCUUAUUCAUCACGAAUCGAAUCUCUCAACAAGCCAAAUCUCAUUUCACUCGACGAAUUCUACACAAUAAAACUUCCCUCUCUUCUCCAUAAGCGAAGCCCUAAUCCAUACAUUACAACUCCUGAACUCUCCAAGCUCAUGCAAUGGAAGCUUUCUCGUGGCAAAUGGAGGCCUCGAUUGCUUGAUUACGUGUCUUCCUUAGACGAAGAGUUGGUGAAAUCAGCUUCUCAGAAAGCAUUUCAAUCACUUCCUGACGUAUCAAAAGCUGUUACUCAACUUACAGUUUUGAAAGGCGUCGGUCCGGCAACUGCUUCUGCCGUUUUGGCUGCUUACGCGCCUCAUAUUACUCCUUUCAUGUCUGAUGAGGCUAUGGUGGCAGCUCUUGGUAACACCAAAGAAUACACGUUGAAGCAAUACCUAUCGUUCGUGAAUAUAUUACAAAAAAAGGCCAAGGUAGUCCCUGUCAUUUCUCUUAUAAUGGAGUUAAGUGAAGACGGGGACAACUUCACACCAUCGGAUGUAGAAAGGGCAUUGUGGAGCUCUGCUGUGCAAGCCAAAUUGCUGCCUUCAAAAGCAGAUUUAGAGUCGAAGACUAAUAUGCCUAGAGACACCAAGAGAAAGAGAAAACGUUGAUGCAAUGUUCUGUAUCUCGGCCCUGUAUAAUAUUAGUAAUUCACACAUGGGCAACCUGAUAUAUAUUCCUUUCCUCUCUUCUCCAACAGGUAAUACCAAAAUAAUAUUACCAAAAUGGUACGAUUAAAGAAAAUAUUAUCCACCACAUUUAACUAGAAUUUUAAUAUGUAUAUACAAAAAAAAAGUUUCCCAAAUAUAUAUUUUAUUUUAGGGUUAAUUACAUAUCAAAUCACCACCUAUACACGAAAUUGCAAAAAUAACACGAUUUUUAAAACGUGGCAAUUCAGGACAACACUUUUUGUUUCUUUUCAAAAACAACAUGGGCACAUUUUUAGUGGCGUUUUUGCUGACGUGACAUGACACAUGGCACUGCUAUAGGGUGUCUAAGUCAGCAAAAUUUUAUCUAAAAAGGUGCCCAUGUUGUUUUUGAAAAGAAAUGAAAGCUGAUGCUCUGAAUUAACACGUUUUAAAGGUUGUGUUAUUUUUGAAAAUUCGUGUAAAGGUGAAGAUUUUAUAUGUAAUUAACCCUUUAUUUUAAAUUAUUACUAUUAUCAUUAAAUUUGUAGUAGUAUAUUAUUUCAUAAAUUA